AUGAGUAUAAUCAUUAUACCAGCCAUAUUAUUCUUUUGUAUAGCUCAGUCGACGCUGAUAUAUUGCAAUAAUAAUUCAUCUUUAACAUGUUUUGACACACAACCUAAAAAUGUCGAAUGUAAUGUCGAACAUUUUAAAGUUGUAAAAGAUAAAUUGUACAUUGAUGAUUCUAUAACAGAUAUUUACUGUUUAACUACAAAAACUUUGACUGUAGAAUUCAUUGUGAAGCCGAAGGAAUUGACUGUAUUUUUUGAUAACAGUAGUUUAAUAUUAAAAUACAACCAAACAGUCAAUUACUUUAACAAUGUCAAAAACUCGAUAUUUAUUUACAAAAAUUCAACAUUUUUUAAGACCAAUGAAACAAGAAUCAGUUUAUCUUCAGCAACAAAAUUAUCUUUAAAAGGGUGUGGCACAAAUCAAGAAUUAGACACAAAUGGAAAUUGUUGUCCCACAAAUUGUAAAAUAAAAUCUUGUGAUCCGAAUGGUGGUCAAUGUAAUCAAUGUGAUGAUGGUUACUUUUUGAGAUAUUCGAUAUGUAACCCAUGUAUAGACGGUUGUAACGAUUGUCUUGGUCUAUCGACUUGUCUUACUUGUAAAGUGGGAUAUUACAUUACGGAUGAAUCCACGUGUCUACUGUGUAAUACCGUAGAUCCACAUUGUAUAAGUUGCACUAAAACUUCUUGCAACAAUUGUGAAAAUGGAUACUAUAAUAGCAUGGGAUCAUGUCAAAUAUGUCCAAGUUCAUGCAAACAGUGUUCUACAGAUAGUCCAUCAUGUUUAUCAUGUCCAUCAAAUUACGUUAUUGUUGCAUACCCUGCUGUUGGAUGUGAGCCGUGUUCUUCUUUUGACCCAAAUUGUAAAACGUGUGAUUCAAGUUUUCGGAGGAGGUGUUAUGAGUGCAAUAAGGGGUAUUACCCAUCACAGUAUACUGAAAAAUGUGAACCCUGUUCUACAACUUGUGAAUCGGAUGGGUGUAACACGUUUAAUGGUGUUUGUAAUACAUGUAUCGAUUUGUAUACAAAACAAGAAACACCAAAUCAAUUGGAUUGUGAACCAUGUCCUAAUUUAGAUUCAAACUGUCAAACAUGUUCAAAAACAACAAGAAAAUGCAACACAUGUAAAGCUGGUUAUUACCCAUUAACUGUGUCACCUUUUACAUGUCAAGAAUGCGAUGAGACAUGUGGAAACAAUUGUGAUCAACAGUAUGGAUAUUGUACUUCGUGCAAACUUGGUUAUGUAUUAAAACUUGAUAGCAAUUCACUCAAAUGUGAGUCGUGUCAAUUAUUUGAUCCAAAUUGCCAGACUUGUAAAGAAGAUGGGGAGAGAAAGUGUCUGAUUUGUAAUAAUAAGUACAAACCUGCCAGUAAUGGGAUUUGUAUUAAAUGUGAUUCAACCUGUUUGGACAACUGUGAUGGAACAAAUGGAAUUUGUACCAAGUGUACGAGUGGCUAUGUUCCUUAUAACCCAACACAGACAAUCUGUCAACAAUGCACUAAAUUUGACGCAAAUUGUAUUCAAUGUGCAACAAACAGCACUCGCACUUGUGUAAAUUGUAAAAGCCAAAUGUACCCAUCUGCACAACAAAAUGGCGAUGUUAUUUGCGUCAAUUGUAGUUUAACGUGUGCUGAUUGUGACACUACAAAUGGUAACUGUAAAACAUGUUCAUUAUCAAAUUGGGUUGUUACAGAACCAUUAUCAAUACAAUGUGAAAUGUGUUCCACUUUUGAUUCGAAUUGUGUGACGUGUUCUGUUGACUCAAGCCGUGUUUGUACAACAUGUAAAAGCGGUCUUCGUCCAAACACAACAAGUGGGAAGUGUGUUGAAUGUGGGUUGCACUGUGCAUCUGGUGCGUGUGACCCAACGAGUGGGAUUUGCAACCAGUGUGAUGCAAAUUACGUGUUUCAGAGCACAAAGACCGACCAAUGUGAGAGUUGUUCGACAUUUGACGCCAACUGCAUCACAUGCGCAUCGGACUCAACUAGGAAGUGCAAACAAUGUAAGGCAGGGUAUUACUCGAAGACAUCAGGCGAUUUCAAGUGUCAGAGCUGUGAUGUAACAUGUGGUGGAAAGUGCGACAAGACAACUGGAAUGUGUGCUGGGUGCCAAAGUGGGUAUGUGCCAACAUUACCAAUUACAAAUAAAUGUGAGACGUGCCAAACUUUCGAUUUGAACUGUGUUGAGUGUAAAACAAACCAAAGAAAGUGCAUCAACUGUCAGAGUGGGAUGUAUCCAAACACAAAUGGGAUAUGCACUCUGUGUGACACGACAUGCAAUGGACAGUGCAACGCAUCAACUGGUGUCUGCACAAGGUGUGCUACAAACCACGUCUUUGAUGACCCGCCAAACAAAGUGUGUGUUGCAUGCAAAUCAUUUGACACAAACUGCAAUAAAUGUGCCUCUGAUAACACGCGGCGAUGUUACCAGUGCGAAGAUGGAUAUUAUCCGGCCAGUGAUGGCGCGUGUGUCAGAUGUGCAUCUGGGUGUGCGACGUGCAGCCCAAUCACAGGUGUGUGCUCAAAGUGUGUUGCCCAAUAUGUCCCAAGUCUGAUUGACAAAAAGUUGUGUCUUUCAUGCAAUUCGUUUGAUUCCAACUGCUUGCAAUGUGCAACUACUUUUACCCGGACAUGCACAACAUGUAAAACGGAAGCGAUGUAUCCACAAAACGGAAUAUGUGUGCCAUGUGAUUCGCCGUGCAACGGAAAAUGUGACCCAACCAACGGGAACUGUCGAAGCUGUUUGUCUGGAAAUGUGUUGACAAGUCCUGUUUCAAAAGUGUGUGAGAGCUGCCAGACAUUCGACAGUCACUGCCAAGCAAACUCGUGUGCAUCAAAUGGAAGCCGCAUAUGCACAAAUUGUACAGCUGGCUACUUCCCACAAAGUGAUGGGAGAUGUGGACUGUGUGAUACAACAUGUGGCGGGAUGUGUAACACAGUAAGUGGGGUGUGCACCGGCUGUUCGUCCAACCACGUCUACAACCCAAGCAACACAAAGACGUGCAGAACAUGUUCUUUGCUUGAUGCAAAUUGUUCCAUUUGCGACAGCAACUUUAGAAGUGAGAAGUGUGUUUCGUGUAUAGCUGGUUAUUACCCAGACAGCAAUGGGAAGUGCAUGUUGUGUGACAACACGUGUGGUGGUAAGUGUGAUACUUCAACAGGUGUGUGCACUGGGUGUCUUGAUGGGUACGUCAAGAACGGGAUGAACUGCAUCAGCUGUGCUGCCUUUAAUGUGGAUUGUGAGACGUGUGACAGCAAUUAUGAAAAGAAAUGUACUGUCUGUAAGAACAACAAAUACUCGGUGAAUGGUGUCUGUGUGAAAUGUGAUGAAGUGUGUGAUAACUGCGAUGGUGUGACUGGGAAGUGUAAAUCGUGCAGUGAAAACAGUGUUGUCCAGGCUGGCAGCACUGACACAUGUGAAACUUGCAGCACAUUUGACUCACUGUGUGUGACUUGUGCAAGUGAUGCAACACGCAACUGUGUAAAAUGCACAACAAAUAAUUACCCGGUUCUCCAAUCAAAUGGCGAGAAAAGAUGCCAACAAUGCGACACUACAUGCAAUGGAAACUGUAACACAGAAACGGGAUACUGCAAAAGCUGCUUGUCAAACUACGUCUUUGUCAGUGCAACAAGUCUUGUCUGUGAGAAUUGCACAUCAUUUGAAAAACACUGCACCACUUGUUCGCCAACACAUGAGAGAAGAUGUGUUACAUGCAACACGGGUUAUCGUUCUUUUAGUGAUGGUAAUUGUGUUUUGUGUGAUUCUACAUGUGCCAACAGUUGUGAUGGAAGCACCGGAAACUGCCUAUCGUGUAAAACUGGUUAUGUGUUGUCUGCAUCUCCGUCACAGAGAUGCAUAACAUGUGAACAAUUUGACAUGUACUGUGCUGAAUGUCCAGGUGGUGCAGAAAGAAAGUGCAAACAAUGUAAGGCAGGGUAUUACCCGAAGACAUCAGGCGAUUUUAAGUGCCAAAGCUGUGAUGUAACAUGUGGUGGACAAUGCAAUACGGUCAGCGGAAUGUGUACUGGGUGCCAAAGUGGGUAUGUGCCAGACAGUGUUGCAUCGCUUCAAUGUGUGGCUUGCCGAACUUUUGAUACCAAUUGUGUGAAAUGUGUUGAUAACAAAAGAGAGUGUGCAAUAUGUGAUAACGGAAUGUAUCCAAACACAAAUGGGAAAUGUACUCUCUGUGACACAAGUUGCAAUGGGCAGUGCAACGCAUCAACUGGUGUCUGCACAAGCUGUGCUACAAACCACGUCUUUGAUGACCCGCCAGACAAAGUGUGUGUUGCAUGCAAAUCAUUUGACACAAACUGCAUCACCUGUUCGCCAGACUUUUCGAGGAAGUGCAAAGUGUGUGUAAUUGGGUUCUAUCCCGAUGAUGCAUCUGGCAAAUGUGUUGCGUGUUCCACAAUAUCAAAUUGUAAUAGAUGUUCAUCUGAAACAAAGAAGUGUAUGACUUGCAAAGAUCCGUUUAUUCAGAGAAGUGGUGGUUGUGAAAUCUGUCCGAUUGGCGAAUACAAGUUCGGUGAAACAACAUGUUCUGAGUGUUACAACAAUGUUGAUUUUUGUGACGAAUGUCAAACAAUUUCUGUUGGUCAAGUAAAAUGCACCAAAUGUAUUUCUCCUUAUGUUUUGAAUGGCACCAAAUGUGUUUUAUGUGAAAAUGGUUAUAUUUAUGACAACACAAAUGAAACACCCGUUUGUACCAAACUCGGUAAUAAUUGUGAAUUGACGGAUGAUGCCAAAAAUUGUAUUUUAUGUGGAGAAAAAAGCUUUAUUUCUAAUGGUAAAUGUGUAUCCUCCGAGACUUGUGAAUCUCCAUCUUUAACUUCGUGUGACUGUUCGGACCAAAUAUCUAUCAACUCAAUUUGUACAAUUAAAAUAGAAUAUUGUAAAUACCAGAAAUCGGAAAGAGGAAUUGCAACAUGUAUUAAUUGUGUUAAUAAUUAUACUCUGAAUGAUGGAGGUGUUUGUGAACAACAAAACGUGUAUGGGUUAGUUAGAAAUGGAGUUGCUUUUGGUUGUAAAACUGGACAAUAUUUAACAACCGAAAACACGUGCGACAGUUGUGGUGCAUCAAAUGUUGUGUGUACAAAUCAAAACUCGUUUUUGAAAUGCGGUGAUUCAAAUAUAAAUGAUAUAGAACAACUAAAGUGUACAACCGAUUUACAAUGUGAUUUGGUUCUCAAUGAAUUUUGUGUCCAAUGCAAACAAAAUGAUAUGGAAAUAAUACAUGGAAAGUGUACAAGAUGUCAAAUAGAAAAUUGUAAGCAAUGUGUUGGUGGAAUGUGUCAAUUAUGUAACGAGAACUACUUGAUGUAUAAUAAAAAUCGAUGUGUAAUAAACGAACAAGUCAACUGUGAACGUACAAGUCAAUAUGGGUGUGUUGAGUGUAAAAAUGGUUAUUACUCGGUUGAUACAAAAAACACGGAAGAUAAUUACCAAUUUUGCACCAAAAUCACAUUACAAAAUUGCAAACACAUUUCAUUUGUAAAUUCGUCUGAAAUUUGUUUGGAGUGUCUUGACGCUUUCAAAAUGAAAGAUGGAAUUUGUGCAGAUAAUUUUAAUACAAAAGAAGAUGAUCAUAAAGAAGAAAAACAAACACUUUAUUCAUCAAAAAGUGUUUUCAAAAAAGCAGAAAAAAGUGAAUGCCAAACACGUAAUAACAAAGGAUGUCAACGAUGUCCAAGUGGGUAUUAUUUGAACAAAAAUAGUUGUGAAAAGUGUUCAAAUGAAUGUCUGAGUUGUUACAAUGCAACUUAUUGCAUUUCGUGUAACAGUGGAUACUUUCUUGAUUCAUCAAUGAAAUGCAGAACACUUGGUGAAUUGGAAAAGAAGUGUGAUGUAACAUUGCCGACUGGUGGCGGAUGUGCGAUAUGUAAAGUUGGGUAUUACAAAGUCGAAAAAGAUUGUAAUGAGUGUGAUAAAUCCUGUGAUAUUUGUGUGAAAAAAGAUGAGUGUUUGUCAUGUAAAGAAGGUUACUUUAAAAUCCCAAGUGAAUCCAAUAAACUAUGUUUAUCAAAUACAACACUCUCAAAUUGUUUAGAGUCAAAUUUUGAAGGGUGUGAAUCGUGUGAAAAUUCUUAUUAUUUACAAAACGGUCGUUGUCUAAAUUGUGAAGAAAACUGUUUAAAAUGUUAUAAUGCAGAUGAAUGCAUAUCUUGUGCAAACGAAUACAUCUUAAGCAAUGGAAAAUGUGUAUAUUAUUCUACAAUAGUUAAUUGUAUUUUAUCAAAUGAUUCGAAAUGCAUCAAAUGUGACAAAAAUUCAAUACCGUCUGAUGAUGGAGAUUCUUGUAUUUUUCAAACAAAUUACGGACUUGUUGUUGGCACUCCCAUUUCGAUUGUGAUAGUACUUAUCAUCAUCUUUGUCAUACUCUUUUUCGUCUUUUUCAAAAUCUACCAGACAAACAAAAAGCGCAAAGAUUUAAAGAAUAUUUGCACCUUUGACAUGAGUCGGUCUAACGUUGAAAUGGUAUCAAUGAAUAACAACUUGUGUACAAACAAACCAGUUUUAAAGUUCGAUUUAGAUGAUAUUGAGCAAAUACCAGUAGAUUCAGAGACUCGCGACUUAGUCUGUGUUGGUAACACAUCAAAACACAAAAUGAAGAUUCAAUUUAGUGUAUUAGAAGGGUGUGACAACUAUAAGAUACGUACAACACCUUCACUUGUAACUUUAAAGAAAGGAGAAGCGUGUGAAUUUGAGAUAUUUAUCGAACCGUUGUGUUCAUGUCAUUUAGAAGAAGACAUUAUGGUUAUUGCACUUGACAUAGAAACUGGUGUACAGUACAACGAGAAGAUCCAAAUCGAAGUUUUGACUGAAAACUCGACAAAAUUGAAUUACAAAGAACUCAACGAAGAAAAGAAAAUUGGCGAAGGUUCUUUUGGUAUAGUCUACAAAGGUAAUUACAGAGGAAAUACAGUGGCAAUUAAGAGAAUGAAAGAGUCGACUGGAGAAAACAAUGAUAUGACUGAGUUUACAAAAGAAGUAACAAUGUUGGACAAAUUUAGAAGUGAUUACAUUGUUCAUUUUUAUGGCGCUGUAUUUAUUCCCAACAAAGUGUGUAUGGUCACUGAAUUUGCACAAUUUGGGUCUUUACAGGAUUUGAUGAAGAACAAAAAGACGAGUGAAAUAUCAAAUAAGUUGCGGGUAAAAAUUGGUAUAGAUGCAGCAAAGGGUAUUUUAUAUUUACAUGAAAAUGGCAUCUUACACAGAGAUAUCAAACCAGACAACAUCUUAGUUGUUUCUUUGGAUAUAAACGUUACUAUUAAUGGAAAGUUGACUGAUUUCGGGUCAUCUAGAAAUGUUAAUCUGUUGACGACGAACAUGACAUUCACUAAAGGGAUUGGCACACCAGUAUACAUGGCUCCUGAAGUAUUGAGUCAACAGAAGUACAAAAGAGCGGCAGAUGUUUACUCAUUUGGAGUGACAAUGUAUGAAACAUUUAAAUGGGGUGAAGCUUACGAUAAAGAACGGUUCAGAUUCCCUUGGAAAAUAGCAGAAUUUGUAAUGUCUGGAAAACGCCUCGAGAAACAUGAAAUAAUGUCUGAAGAAGUAUACCUUGUUAUUAAAAAAUGUUGGUGUCAUGCACCAAUUGACAGAAUUGAAAUAGAAGAGGUUGUUAAAAUCCUUGAGUUAAUUAAUUCUGUGUGA